CUGCAGCCUGACCUGAGUCUUAAGUCUCAAUGAGCACCUGUGAGACUGGCCGCCCCUCCCCUCGGCUGUCUCCGUGGACGUAAUCUCCGACCUGACAACAGGUAUUUGUGAAGUCCCAGACAAAGUAAUCCGUCCAGACCUCGGUGAGCUUUCAGCAGGAGAGUCAGAGCAGAGCUCCUACAGCGCAGAGUCUCUUGAAAUCCCUGUUGAAGCAUCUGCAGUCAUGGGUCGUCAAGAGGCCGACUACAUGUGGAAGAAGUCCACUGAAAACAUCCAGGAGAUUUUUGACAUCAUGGAAGAGUUGGGAUCAGGAGCGUUCUCAGAGGUUUACAUGGUGAAGGAGAAGAAGACGGGAAAGAUGUUCGCCAUGAAGUGUGUGAAGAAGAAACAGAAGAGGGACCUCAACCUGGAGAACGAGAUCGCUGUGUUGAGAAGAAUCAAACACGAGAACGUUGUAGGGAUGGAGGAUUUCUAUGAAAGCCGGACCCACUACUAUCUUAUCAUGCAGCUUGUUUCAGGCGGAGAGCUCUUUGACCGGAUACUGGACCGAGGGGUUUACUCAGAGAAGGAUGCCAGCAGUGUGAUUCAGCAGGUGCUGCAGGCCGUCAGCUUCCUGCACCAGAAUGGCGUCGUGCACCGUGACCUGAAGCCAGAGAACAUCCUCUACUACAGCCAGGAAGAAAACUCCAAGAUCAUGAUCAGUGACUUUGGCCUGUCCAAGAUGGCGGACAAUGGUAUCAUGUCGACAGCCUGCGGCACACCAGGAUAUGUAGCUCCGGAAGUUUUGGCACAGAAGCCCUACAGCAAGGCCGUAGACUGCUGGUCUAUAGGAGUUAUCACUUAUAUCUUACUCUGUGGAUAUCCUCCUUUCUAUGAAGAGAGUGAGACACGGUUAUUCUCCAAAAUCAUGAAGGCACAGUAUGAGUUUGACUCACCCUUCUGGGACGACAUAUCUGAAUCUGCUAAAGAUUUCAUACGUAACAUGAUGCAGAAGAAUCCCACCAUGCGUUACUCUACAGACCAAGCACUCAGACAUCCCUGGAUAAUCGGAAAGACGGCCCGGAGCCAGGACAUCUACUAUUCCGUCAGUGUUCAGAUCCAAAAGAACUUUGCCAAGUCCAAGUGGAAGCAAGCCUUCAAUGCCACUGUAGCCAUCAACCACAUGAAGAAGCUGCAGCUGGCCCACUCAGAGGUGGCCAUGAGGAAGACCAGUGUCCCAGACAUCAAAGUGAUUGACGUGUCGUCCCCACCUAAAAACAGCAAUCAUCUUGACCCAGACAAGGCCGAGCCCAUGGUGACCCUGCCCCUCCCCACCAACCACGUUGACCUGAAGAGCCACUACCACGCACUGAAGGCCAGUCAGAGCCAGGGUGAUUCCCACCACGCGCCCACUAUAGCUGAGCAAGGAAAGCAUGUCUAUCACUCAGAGCCUGCCAACCUGAACGGGUAUGGCAAAAAUCGCAAUGGCAAGACUUUACAGACUGGAGUUUGCUCAGUGAUGUGAAGGCUGCGCGAAGGCUACAUGGAAACAAGAAUUUUACUUGGUCAGUGUUGCUGUUUGGACUCAGCGUUCAGCUGCUUAUUUCUGCGGCUGCCCGAGACCGAGAAUAGGAAGCGGUUGACCCGAUCGGUCUGGGACAUCGACAGAGUGCCCAAUAUUUGAUUUUGGAACGAGUGCCUAUGAAACUUCCCGACUGAAGCAACACAAAUAAACCCUCUCACACUGAGGUGCACAGUCACAGUCAGACACACAGUCAGAAGCUGGAGCUUGUAAACAGUAUUGGGGGGAUUGGGAUAUGAAGGCAUAUGAUGGGCUCACCUAAUGUCAUUUAUGGUGAAGCAGUCCCUGAUUCCUGAUGUCAUGAAAGCUUCAAUUGAAAGCACGUAGCGUUAUUGGGAUAAUCACAUGUUAUAUAUAUAUAAAGACACACAAUUAAAUAAGACGAAUUGUUGUACUUUAUCAUGUGUAAAACAGUAUCAUAGUACAGUAACAAGUACAGUUAAAUAUAUGAACAUGCUUAAUACUUCUAAUAAGCCAUGUUAAUAUGAUUUGCUCUUGUGAAGUGAUCUCCCAUUUUUGUCACUCAUAUUAAUUGUUGUUUUAUUUUUUAUAAAAUAUUUGCUUGCUUUUUUUAAAUAAAGUUAAAUAAAUAAUAAUAAAAAAAGAAUAAAAAGCUUUAAAAAACCAUACAUGUUCAAAUAAAUACAUCAGUAACAGUGUAAAUGCCACAAGUAUGACCAGGACCUGCCAACCGUAGCUCUCACAUGCUGCUAGAGUCUGAAAUGUCAUUUACAUAAUAGAUGUUGCUGCUCUUACUGUAAGUUGUUCCCUGUGGACAGUCCGCUUGGUGUCUCUCCAGCUGUGUGUGUUUGUAUUAAUGCAUUCUACAGAUAUUGAACCUAUGUAUGUAUUAAACUGGGAUUCAUGUACGCUCAGAAAUAAAGCCUGUAUCAAAUUUGCA